UAGAGCGUUAUCUUUGUUAGAUAAUGGGGAAUCGCGUUGGAUUCAGACAUUUCAGUUUACAGCCUAAAAUCACACCAAAUGUGUAAAUUAGACGUGAGGCUAUUCAAAUGUUAAAUUGCAAACGGCGUAAUAAAGGAGACGAUCGAGUUUCCCUGAUUCUACCGCCUGUCAUCAAAUCAGGAAGACGGGAAGCAACCAGGAAGUAUUUCUCAUUAUGACCGUUGCCCCCAACAACGCCUGUUAUGAAACUGCUCGGCACCACCCUAGGAAAAGCGACCAGCUUUCUAACUCUCAUUGUUGUUGCAAUUGCAGUGGUUUUGUAUUAUUUCGACGAUCCUGUUCCGGUGAAAUAUACCAGAUCAUCUUUUCUUUGGCUCACAGCAUGACUCAGGACAUGAAGACCCUUGAGGAUAACUUCAGGGGCCAAAACAAGAGCUGCUUUAUUCUUGGUGCUUCUGGAGAAACAGGCAAAAUGUUGCUUCAAGAGUUACUGGAGCGCAACUUGUUCUCCAAGAUAACUCUCAUUGGGCGGAGACAGUUGACCUUUGAAGGAAAAACACAUGAAAACCUGGUACAAGAGGUGGUUGACUUUGAGAAGCUUGAUGAAUAUUCUGCUGCCUUCGAGGGCCAUGAUGUUGGUUACUGCUGUCUAGGAACUACCAGAGCAAAAGCAGGAGCCGAUGGAUUCGUCAGAGUUGAUCAUGACUAUGUUCUGAAAUCAGCUGAACUUGCCAAAGCAGGAGGCUGUACACACUUCCACCUGGAGUCCUCCAGAGGAGCCGAUAAAAACAGCAAAUUUCUCUACCUCCAAGUCAAGGGACAAGUGGAAGCAGACAUUGAGGCACUGGGUUUUGAUAGAUUCUCUAUUUAUAGGCCAGGGGUUUUGUUGGUGGACAGGCAGGAAAAUCGACCUAGUGAGUGGCUGGCCCGGAAGUUCUUCGGUGCCGUUUCUGCCGUGUGCUCAACAUCCAUGUCUAUUCCGAUCCAAAUGGUGGCAAAAGCAAUGGUGUCCAACACUCUGCUUCAGCCUGAGCAGAAGACGGAGAUCCUGGAGAACAAAGCUAUCACCAGUCUGGGGAAAGGUGCAGGGAAAUGAAUGAGCAGGUGACGCCAUGAGGUUAUAAAUGUGGACAUACAAAGAUGACAACAAGCUGCAGUACUCAUCAAAGUAUUUUCACUAUACUUGAAAGGGAUAUCUUUAAAUGUUUUACAACUGCUCUAAGGAUUUAAAUGUAAACAUACUGACUUCUUCAUGCAGGAAAAAAAACAAGAUUUAAGUAGCAUUUUGGUUUAAUUUCUUUUGUCCAUAAAUGUCACAUUUUCUUCAGGGAAGAAUUUCACCAUCUGUGCAAUCGCAUUUGUAAAGCACUGCCUUAAAGUUCAUGUUUAUUUCUGUUAUGCUGUAAAUGUACUUUUUCCUGUUUAAAUCAGGUAAAAUGUUAAUUUAUCCAUUUGCCAAAAUUUAUUAUUGGAAAGAUAAUGAGUAAUUUGAGCUCAUGAUCUCUCCUUUCAUGUCUUGGGUAAUGUGUUUUUCUUGGAACAAAACUUAAUAUUUAAGCCGCAUUUAUGGUAAUUGACAGAGAAAGAUGAUUGGUGAAGAGAGAAAAUCACACACUGACACAAAAUUGUCACCUCUUUUCAUCCCGUAUUCUCAUAUUCUAAUAGUUUCAACGCUAUAUGUAACGCACUUUGAAUGGCUUUUGUGUUUUAUAUACGAUUAAUAAAAAUAAAUUCAACCCC